AUGUCUUUUGAUUAUUCUCAAGAACUUAUUGAUGAUUAUGAAAAAUUACUUGAAAAUGAUAAAGGAUGUGAUGUUAUUAUUUACACUGGUGAAGAAGAAAAUGUAAAAGAAAUUCGUGCACACUCACUUAUUUUAUGUAUUAGGUCUCAAUAUUUUCGUACUGCAUUCUCUAAUGAAUGGGCAAAUAAAAAGGAUGGAAUGUUUAUUCUAAGGCAACCCAACAUUUCUCCUCAAAUAUUUGAAAUUAUUUUAAGAUUUAUUUAUUGUGGAAAAAUUGAUUUGGCAAAAUUACAAGGACCGGAACUAUUAGAUCUUUUAAUGGCAGUAGACGAACUUAAUAUUCAAACAUUAAUCACUUGUAUUCGAGAAUAUUUGAUUAAUCAUCAAUAUGAGUAUUUACGAUUAAAUCCUAUUGAAAUUCUUGAAACAAUUUAUCAUGUUUAUCAUCAUAAUACCUUUACAAGUUUAUGGAAUUUUUUUAUUGAAACAAUUUGUGAAAAACCAGAUAUAUUAUUCAAUUCUGAUAAGUUGAUUAAGUUGAGAGCGCCAUUAUUGGAAUUACUUUUAAAACAGGAUGAUUUAUUAUUGGAUGAAAUUGAAAUAUGGAACAACUUAGUCAAAUGGUGUUUAGCUCAACAUCCUUCUAUUCAACAUGAAAUUGAGAAAUGGAAUAAAGAUGAAGUCACAACUUUAGAAAGAACUCUUCAAAGAUUCGUUCCUUUAAUUAGAUUUCAUCAUAUUUCUUUGGAAGAUUUUCGUUUAGAAAUAUAUCCUUUUAAAGUAUUAUUACCCGAAGAUUUAAUUAAUAAUUUACUUUCAUUUCACAUGUCAACAAAUAAGUUUAAUGAUAAUAUACCAAACCCUAGAAAACCAAAAUACGAUACAAUUAUAAUUAAACCUCAACAUUUUGUUAUUUUUUCUAGAUGGAUUGAGAAAAAAUCUGAUUCUUAUUAUAAUUUAAGAAAUAAUCCUUAUUAUUUUAAAUUAAUUUAUCGUGCUAGUAGAGAUGGUAAUACUGCCGAAGAAUUUCAUAAUAAAUGUGAUAAUAAAGGAGCUACUUUAGUUGUAGCGAAAAUUACAGAUUCUGAACAAAUAGUAGGAGGAUAUAAUCCACUUUAUUGGGAUACAAGUAAUACGUAUAAAUUUACAAAAAGUAGUUUUAUAUUUUCAUUUACAAAUAGAACAAAUCUUCAAACAGCAAAAGUGGGACAUAUUAAUGAUGGAUAUUUUAGGUAUUCCGUUUAUUGUAAUAGACAUUAUGGACCAACCUUUGGUAAUGGACAUGAUUUAUUUCAAUAUAAGGACACUGUUUGGAAAAGUUAUAAUGUAUUUUCUUAUCCUAAAAUUGAUAUACCAGCAAAUCCUAAUACAGAUAUUUAUUCUUAUAAUGAUUUUAAUGUAGAAGAUUAUGAAGUAUUCCAAGUUAUUGAAAAAUAAUUUUAUUUUAUUACGACAAGAACAGUUAUUGAAAAAUAAACAAAUAUUUAUAGCUUCAAGUAAUAAUAUACUGUACAUCAUAAAAGGCAUAUAAUUU